GUGCAGGAAGUGAUCCUCUAAAGAUCGAAUGGUUCAGAAUGUGAACUUUUUUCCAGAUAAGUCGGUGCCGAGUAUCGAGAAGGCUGGGGACUCGAGACAUGAGUGGAUUUACCGGCGUCCGCUAACAAAGCAGACAGGGUGAAGAGGAGCAGCAGAAGUACCCUGCAAAAUGGCUAAAGAGAUGCGGGGCCAGUAUGAGCCGGUGGCGGAGAUUGGUGUUGGGGCCUAUGGCACGGUGUACAAGGCGAGAGAUCUCCAGAGUGGGAAAUUUGUGGCCCUCAAGAACGUACGAGUGCAGACCAAUGAGAACGGGCUCCCGCUUUCCACUGUCCGAGAGGUGGCUUUACUGAAACGUCUCGAGCACUUUGACCAUCCCAACAUUGUAAAGUUGAUGGAUGUUUGUGCUUCUGCCCGCACAGACCGUGAAACGAAAGUGACUCUUGUUUUUGAACAUGUGGAUCAAGACUUAAAGACCUACUUGAAGAAAGUUCCUCCUCCUGGCCUGCCUCUGGAGAAGAUUAAGGACCUAAUGAAGCAAUUCCUCUGUGGCCUGGAGUUCCUGCAUUUAAACUGCAUUGUUCACCGUGACCUGAAACCAGAAAACAUAUUGGUGACGAGUUCCGGGCAGGUGAAACUUGCAGAUUUUGGCCUGGCGCGAAUUUACAGCUGUCAGAUGGCUCUCACUCCUGUGGUGGUGACUUUGUGGUACAGGGCCCCCGAGGUACUGCUACAAUCCACAUAUGCUACUCCGGUUGACAUUUGGAGUGUGGGCUGUAUAUUUGCUGAGAUGUUCAGAAGAAAGCCCCUUUUUUGCGGAAAUUCAGAAGCAGACCAAUUGUGCAAAAUUUUUGACAUGAUUGGGCUACCAUCCGAGGAAGAGUGGCCAGUGGAUGUCACAUUGUCGCGCUCUGCCUUCUCACCAAGGAGUCAGCAGCCAGUGGAGGAUUUUGUCCCAGAAAUCGAUGCCACGGGGGCGCAGUUGUUGCUGGAAAUGCUGACCUUCAGCCCCGAAAGGCGAAUCUCUGCAUCCCAAGCUCUACAUCAUCCCUUUUUUACAGAUAACAUGGAGACUUUCCCCAACAAAGAACCCUUCGCUCAUGUCACAGCUGAUGAGGUGCAGUAGGGCUUCAACAAGCAGAAGCGGAGCAAAAGUGGACAGUAAACACGCUCUGCUCUCCAUUUGCUUGAGAGACAUUGUGUAGGAAGCAGAUGAGGAAGAAGAGA